UCACCAUCAACUCUCAGCUCUCUCCAGCAACUCUAAACCAGUCAAGAAUUAAUGGAGCCCAAGAGCUGUACAUGGUUAGAAGGACAUCUCUUUUCCUGCCUUCUUUUCCUCAUCUUCCUCUGCCACCCCACUUUCGCCGCAGUAAAGACAUACCAAUUUGAUAUACAAGUGAAGAAUGUGAGCAGGUUGUGUAAUUCUAAACCUAUUGUCACAGUCAACGGGUUGUUUCCAGGGCCAACUAUUUAUGUUAGAGAUGGAGAUCAACUUCUUGUCAAUGUCACCAAUCAUGCUCAAUACAAUAUGUCCAUUCAUUGGCAUGGUUUGAAACAAUUCCGCAAUGGUUGGGCAGACGGACCGGCUUAUAUAACUCAGUGUCCCAUUAAGACGGGAAACAACUAUGUUUACAAUAUUACGAUUACAGGUCAAAGAGGGACCUUAUGGUGGCAUGCACACAUUUUGUGGCUAAGGGCAACCGUUUAUGGGGCUAUUGUUAUCAUGCCUAAACAAGGAACUCAAUUUCCUUUCCCUCAACCAUAUCUUGAACAAACCCUAAUUCUAGGAGAAUGGUGGAAUCAAGAUGUGGAAACACUUGUUAACCAAGGUAACAAGUUGGGAUUGCCGCCACCACCCUCCGAUGCUCAUACGAUCAACGGGAAACCUGGUCCACUGUUUCCAUGUUCCGAUAAAAACACAUACGCCUUGGAGGUUGAACAAGGGAAAACUUACCUACUGAGGAUUAUCAACGCUGCACUGAAUGACGAGUUAUUCUUUGCCAUAGCUGGCCACAACAUGACCGUCGUUGAAAUAGACGCGGUUUAUACCAAGCCUUUCAUAACCAAUGCCAUACUAAUCGCUCCGGGUCAAACCACAAAUGUUCUCGUUACAGCCGAUCAGGCACCGAACCGUUACUUUAUCGGCGCUAGGGCUUUCAUGGACGCACCAGUCACAGUAGAUAACAAGACCGCCGCAGCCAUUUUACAGUACAAAGGAGUGCCAAACACGGUCUUGCCCAUCUUCCCCCAAUUGCCGGCUCAAAACAAUACCGAUUUUGCUUUAAGCUAUAACGGAAAACUCAAGAGCCUAAACACUCCUCAAUAUCCGGCAAAUGUUCCAUUGACCAUUGAUCGACAUCUCUUCUAUACUAUCGGCUUGGGGAUCAACGCAUGCACGACUUGUCAAAACGGAACUCAACUAACUGCUUCGUUGAACAACGUAACAUUUGUGAUGCCCAAGAUUGGCCUAUUGCAAGCUCAUUACUUCAAUACACCGGGAGUUUAUAGAACCGAUUUUCCCGACAAGCCCCAGACGACAUUUAACUACACGGGUGCGCCACUUACAGCGAACCUCGGUACAUCACUCGGGACGAGGCUUAGCAAAUUGGCUUUCAAUUCAACGGUUGAGCUGGUUUUGCAAGACACUAAUCUUCUCACGGUCGAAUCUCACCCUUUCCACCUUCAUGGUUUCAAUUUCUUUGUGGUCGGGUCUGGCAUAGGAAACUUUGACGCCAAGAAAGAUCCGGCCAAGUUCAACUUGGUCGAUCCUCCCGAGAGAAACACAAUUGGGGUCCCCACCGGCGGGUGGGCUGCUAUUAGGUUUAGGGCCGAUAAUCCAGGAGUGUGGUUCAUGCAUUGCCAUCUAGAACUUCAUACCAUGUGGGGAUUAAAGAUGGCGUUUGUGGUCGAAAAUGGGAAGUCAAUCGAGCAAUCGGUUCUUCCUCCUCCGGCAGACCUCCCAACAUGCUAGAAGACAACCGUUCUAUUGUAUGCGACAAGAUAACUCCCACCAAAGCCGAGGAUUUUUCAUACAAUGUAAUGUAAUUAAUUAAUAUAUUCCAUAAAUACAUAUUAUUGUUUUGAGGUCUUUAUAAUAAGGAUCUUGAUACCGAUGUAAUAAGAACACCAAAAUACUCUGGUCCUUUUAAUCCGACCGUUCAUUGAACAAACAUUGACGGAUUACUAGA